AAACAGCUGAUGGCGCUAGCUAGUUAUCAAUAAGACCGGUGAAUACCAUCGCUAGCCCAAAACAUCGUGUAAGCGAAAAAGUUAAAUAAUAAGGUAUUCAGUAUGGCAAACCUACGUGAAUCUUCGGACAAAGCCCUAAAACUGCUUCGGACACUGCCACGCGUGCAAAUUGGUAAUUUGCGUCCGAACCCCAAUUCAAAACAGAAUGACAAACGUGGUCGUGCACAACACGGUGGCGACAAGCACGGCGCCGGCAAUAAAGGAUCUGGACAGCGUCAGAAUUUUAUGCGUUUGGGUUACGAGACAGGGAACCAGCCCUUCUACUUACGCUUUCCGUACGAGCCCUACUAUAAAGGACACCAUCUCCGUCGACAGUAUCCUCCAUUAUCGUUGUUGCAACUGCAGGUGUUAAUAGACACGAAUCGUAUAGACAUUAGCCAGCCUAUUGACAUUGCAACGAUCUGCAAUUCGGGACUGCUGACACUUAAACCAGCCGAGCUAGAAUAUGGCUUCCAGCUAACCGACCAUGGCUUGGAUAAUUUCAAGGCUAAGAUCAAUAUAGAGGUGCAGCAUGCAAGUGAGGCGGUCAUAGCAGCCGUUGAGCGCAAUGGUGGUGUUAUACGCACAGCGUACUACGAUCCCCGUUGUCUCCAUAUACUGGCCAACCCGAAAAAGUUUUUCCAGAAGGGCGUGCCAAUACCGAAGCGCAUGUUACCACCCCAGGAUGCCGUCGCAUACUACACAGAUGCCAAAAAUCGCGGUUAUUUGGCGAAUCCGGAAGAAAUAAGCAAGGAGCGUUUAGUGCUGGCUCAAAAAUAUGGCUAUGAGCUGCCACGGAUUGAGGAAGAUCCCCAAUACGAGAUGCUAACGGCAGCCAAAGAUGGGCGGCAGUUAUUUUACGGUUUGGAGCCAGGCUGGUUAAUCAAUCUUGUCGAUAAAGUCAUUGUCAAACCAAAAGAAACGUAGGGUUUUGCGUAUUUGUUAAAUAAAUAUCUGAUUUAUAAAAGACUCAG